AAAGUACUCGUAAGUCAUUCACCAUCUAGAUAUGAAAUAUUUAUGUUACAUCCGUUGUUCAUCAAUGGAGGUUGUUAUCAAUUCAACGUAAAAUCGAAAUCAAGUAACAAGUACGCAAGUCACAAGUCAAACUUGGAAUUGCCAUUGAUUUCUAUCGGUGCUUGUACAUUUUACACUUUGUACAUAUUGGCACUUCAUGCAAAUUUUCCAUUUGAAUUCAGUCUAUAAAAUAAAAGUGCGAAUCGAACAAAGAUCCAGUUCAUUCACCAACAUGAUCGCAACAAGUGACAUGAGGUCUCUUCUGGCAAUUUGGAUAAUUCUUCUACUAAAUAAGACCACUAUUGCCCAGAAUGGUUUUAUGUUUCCAACCUCUGUCUGUGACGGCAAAGAUGGCCGAUUGUUUCCAAUGUUUGGAUCGUGUCAAUCAUACUAUAUUUGCAAUAAUGGCAUGGCCAUAGUUGGAACAUGCGACGAGAACAGUCGAUUUAACCCAACCACAUUGCAUUGCGAUGACGCCAAUAAAGUGCAGUGUGCCUAUGACGAGGCAGAUGAUAGCUAUGAUGAUAACGAUGAGGACGAAGAUGAUGAUGAUAUAUUUGAAUCAAGUAGCAUUGAGGUAAAAGAAACUACGACCACCAGACGUCCACCACCUAAACAGACGAAGCCCAUAACCACGCCAGUUCCAUUUAUAAAACCAAACAAGGACUUUGAGCAAACGACAAAUCGAUUAUGUUUGGGUAAAAAGAAUGGCGUAAGUCUGAUCAAAGAAGGAUCGUGCACCGAGUAUUAUGUGUGCAAGGCGAAACGUCCUCAUUUGCGCCAUUGUCCAGCCGAUCAACACUUCAGUUCGUCGCGUCAAAUCUGCAUGAAUGCUGAAGAUGCCAAGUGCGCCUUCAAUCAGCAAAUUGUCCACCACGAGACUCCGGCAAUCACAGCUGGUCUCUGCUCCGAGUCCAGGCAGGAUUCUCUGGUACCUCAUCGCGAGGAUUGUGGCAAGUUUUUGCUAUGUAGCAACAUGAUGUUCCUGGUAAUGGAUUGUCCCAUGGGAUUGCACUUUAAUGCCGAAGCUAAACGAUGCGAUUAUCCAAAGGUCGCACAGUGCGCAACGCAGAAAGUACAAAGUAAAACAAAGAAAAGUGCAAAGAAAAGUUUAAGCAAGCGAAAGCCGAAGAGAAAUACGUUGUAACUAAAUAUGUUAACUACUAUAUAUCCAUAAUAUAAAUUGUAAGCGCAUUUAAAUAUUUUAGAUAUUUUUAUAUUGGCAUCUAAGAAAAUAGUUCUAUUGCUAUGAUCAUUUAUUAAUGAUACAUUAUAGA